AUGGUGGAAUUCCCUCUCGAAAAUCAUGUAGCCAUCGUUACUGGAUCAUCUCGAGGCAUUGGAAAAGCCAUUGCACUUCAUUUAGCUUCAUUGUCACUCAAUUUUAGCAUAUUUUUUUCACCAGUCGCAGUAAAAGCUGAUAUAACUGAUCCUGACGAAGUAAAGUCUCUUUUCAAUGCAUCAGAAUCAGUAUUUCAAUCUCCGGUUAGCAUCUUAGUGAACGCCGCUGGCACAUGUGAUGUCAAGCAUCCAAUGAUCAUGAACACUGCUGUUGAGGAUUUCGGUAGGACUUUUAGUUUGAAUACUCGUGGCGCUUUUUUAUGUUGUAAGGAAGCUGUUGCAAACAGGAUGAUGAUCAAGUGUGGCGAGCGCAGCGCCACAGAGGCAGGGGCGGAUCUAGAGGGUCGGGAGGGUGUUCAGCUGAGCUCAUCAGCAAGAAACUGCACAACAUAG